AUGGAAGACUUGAAAGAAACCGCGGAACUCGUAUUUCAAGCCAAUAAAAUUAGAAUGCAUCUAGAGCACAUCGAUUUGAGGUACGAUAAUGCUUUUAUUCAUAACAUUUUCGCAGCUUUCCGGACGGCAUUCGUGACUGCGCAUCGAAGCUUCACAUGACUUAUGGUCGGGUAACGAUUGUUAUCAGCAACGCCGGAGUUGUAAAUGGAAAAUAUUUGUUAGAUCUUGCUGGAGAGGAUGUCGAACGUGUCUUUAAAGUCAAUUUCUUCGCUGCCUUCCAUGCAAGUUUCGCCUUUUUAGACACAUUUUUAAUACCUAUCCGAAGUCGUACCGUGAAGGGUGGACGUGCGAUGUAGUUUGCAGUCACUCGAACGUCUUGACUCUCUUACGUCUAUGUGAGUAUAGAAACUGAUAUGUUGCACUCAUACUCGCACUGAGAAGCGCCUUUAGAGCGUCACUCUGUUUAGUUGCCCUUUAGCUGUGUGAACUGCCCCGGGUCCCUUCUCAACUUAAGUGUCUAGACAUCGAGUCAUUUGGAAACUUCCAUCGCCUCCUAGUAACCAGCGGUUGCUAGGCUGGUAAAUAUAAUUUACCUGUCACAACCGGCUCCUAGCCCGAGUUCAUAGAUGCGAUAGAUUACUUUGUGCCGGGACUUUGUAAUCUGGACUCGGCCAUUGAUGCUCGGCCGAAAAGGCCGUCGUCAGCUAACUAGGGCGGGUGGUUAUGGGUGCACGAGAAGGCAAAAGUACAUGACUGUUUCGACUCUGAGGCAAUGAGGCAUUUCUGGUUACCCGGACUGGCUGACGGUUGUGUGGGUCCUGCUGUUGGAUGGCAUGACUGCUAACCAGAUUAGCAGGGCCGGCGUACGUGUGAGGCGCCUACACACCUGAAAAGUACGAUUAGGUCAGACGAUUCUCCUAAUAACCGAUUCAUUAUGGUGGCCCCGUAAUCCAAAACUAACUGCUCACAGGGAAAAGUCGCGCUAUGCUUGCUCUUUUUUCGCUGGCCACUAACAGCUUUCUGUCGGACCGUCCUACUUUCAGACUUAUUCAUGUAUACAUCAUGGGAGAAGGCGUACCAACACCAAGGUGGUUGCCUAGAAUAUCGGUUCUGUCAAUGGAUUGAAAGUGAAAUACGGAUGAAAUCGGGCGAGCAGACUAAAUUCCGCCCGAGUCUACGUGCGCAUCGAUGAACUCCCAUGCGUAAACUGUGCGCCCUUUUGCUUCACGUCAUAUCUUAGAUGGUGAACUCGAAAACCAAACUGAAAGCUUGUGUUUGUAAUCCGACCUUCCAAGUUCGCGAACUUUCCUUCUCAUAUAACAGACUACAUUCCUUAGCUUUGUAGUUUCUCAUUGAUUCAUAACAGUGUUUUCUUCGAAGUCUGAGAUACAUUUCAAAGCAUUGUUUCAACCAUUAAUCGUGGUAUUCUAGUUUGCAUAUAGCUUCUACAACUGUAUGGUCAUAAAAACCACUUUUAUCGCCUAUUUGCGGCUGGCUUGUCCUACCAUGCAUUGAAUGCAUUUCCGAACUGUUGGAUUUAAUUCUGUUUUUGGACCUUUUAGCUCAUUAAAGCCUUUCUUCCCGGGAUGCUUGGAUCCAUCUUCGAAGAGACUUACGAGCGAAUCCCAGCUCCACUGAGGACAUCCCAGCCACUUUCUGCGGUCUCAAAGGCGCCACCUCACGGUCGUUUUAUCUUUACUUCUUCAAUUACCGGACAGAUACCGUGCUUGGGGUUAUCCGAUUACUGUGCUUCCAAAGCGGCCCUAUCAAUUCUUGCUGAAUCAUUCAGGUUGGAGCUAAUACGACUGGGGGUCGGUGAUAAAAUCACGAUCACUGACAUCCGUCCGUAUGUAAUAGAUACGGGAAUGUUUGAUGGGUUCAAAAGCAGGUAGUUUACAAUAUGGACUUUAGUCUUCUGCCACUUUUUCGCGCCCCCUUAGGGCAAUCAGUAAACUUUCUUUCCGAACUCGCUAUCUCAGGUCACAUGCGCGGCCAAGAUUAAAGGUUAUUAUUCUGGCUCUUAGGUUUGGCUCUAUACGGAUACUGAGGCGCGUAUGCAUAUGAAAAACCAGCCUUUAAAUAAAUUAGGAGGGGUCAGAUAUCCUCGAUGAACCAUCGAUAUGCCUAUACAUUCACAUUCGGAACUCGCCAUCUACAGUCGGUGAAAACCCACUUUACUCGAAGGGACAGUAUUCUGUGGCUAGCUGAUACUGAAAGGUGAUCUAGUGUAUAUACCAGAUAUUGUAUUGUCGUUCAUUGACGAGUGCUCUUAGACCUACAACAAAGCAAAGAUCAGAAUUUGCUCCAGACGUUCCAUGUCUGCGAGGCCUGCUUCGUAGCUGGUCACAAGUGCGGAUGGGCGACAAUGACAGCACUUCACCGUGACGUUUUAGACUUUCCUCAGCCUUUGUACACUGGAGCGAACACAAGACACCGACAUAUGCGCCUUAAACCCGGUUUUUUGGCCCCGCGGGUUUGCCUGACUAGAAGACGGAGCCCUUUUGAUCGCUCACUGCUCUUGUUCUUUCUUUUAUCUACGUCGUAUACCUCGACCCCGUCUUUAUCAUAACCAUUUCCCUCACCUCACUGGUCCUACACUUCCUCUCAGUCUUUCCACCUGUCUUCGUGGACUUGAUUGUUUUUUUUUUACCACAAUUGAGUUGUAUCAGUUCCCAAGUGUGCAAUUGCGUCCUUUUGGAAGACGAUAGAAAUGUACUAUUUCUCGAAACAAGAGUGCUUCAUUGUACUCGUUCUUCGGGAUGGAAUGCCACUGCGUUUCAUGACUAACUCAUUGUUUCGACAUCUCAAGCCGGGUAAUCUCUUUAUAUGCAUGAGAUGAAAGAAGCACAAGAUACUGUAUCCCCAUUGUGCCAUGCUGGCCAAAAACGCGCCAGAACAAAAAACCGGCACUGCUGUCGCGAUUUUUUGGCAAGCCAGCCUACUUACGAGUAGUCGGGUGUGGUCCCAUGGUGGCCAUUGCUAAGCGGGCAAGUCCGUACAGCGCAUCAGUCCCUCAUCAGAUUCAACAGACGUAUGCAAUAUUGCAGAGGUAGACCAGAAAGGUCGAGACCCCGGACACAGCUGACUGGGACUUAUUCAUUCUACCUUCAACACAUCUCCGUCCACUCCUUUAUGACUAGUAGCACUUUUCGAUUGCCGUGGUCGUGCAUUUUGACCUCAUAACUGUCGCAUACGAAGUUGGGAACUGCGACGUUUUGCUAUCCGACCAUUGCGUGGACGAAUAUGGGCUAAUCAGUUAAGAGAAUCACAGUUAUUAGAGUUCUCCACCCAAAAGACCCAUAAUCGUGAUUUGGCCACUGACUUAAAGAGCCUGACGACGACACCGAAGGGGAAAACAUCGACUGUCAACUACCGGUGUCAUGCAUAGUGGAUUAGGGGACGAGCUCGUCUGUCAGCCUGCUCACUUUUGAAAGUGGACACGGCAGGAUCUGGGAAGUCAAGUGGAGGAUUUCGCAAGUCCACACGUCCGUUAUCAACCAAUACCGAUGUUUUCACAGGAGCCGUUUUAUGCCGGGAUUCUAAGUGAUGUAGGCUUUCCCAGAAGGCUCCUGGGCGUGCUUUCCCGAGACUGAUAUUUACCUAUCUCUACAUCUUUAUACCUGCAUGCGGGGUAGUUAAAGGAAUGAGCACGGAAACGGAAAUAUUCGUUUUUACCGAGCCUCUAAUGUCCAGUAUGCGCCAGAACAGUUAGAGUAUUGAACGAGCUUCCUAAGUGGGUUCGCGGCUUUGAUAAGCACGUAACAUGGUGUCAUACUACUUCACACACCGUAGCAUCUUAGAUUUUCAUAAAAGAUAACCCGAUGGUCUAUGAGAAGUCCACUCGAGUGAGGCCACGAUAUACGUAUUGCGGACUACCCUGUGCUAGUAUGAAAGGCUUUCCGGGACUGGGUGGAUGCAUUGCGAAUCGUCUUUUGAGAAAUUGUCAUUUCUUGCAAGUCAUUUGAAAAUAGAUACCUCUUCGACAUAAGGGUUUGUUGGAUUUCUUAGAACAACAGACCCAACUUAGCAUAAAUCUCCGGAAAUUAAACCACGUUCCAGUAUGUGUCAGGUUCUGGAAGACAAUCGUUAGCGCCUAAAUAAUCCUUCCUAGCCGGAAUGACCAAACUCGAAUGAGUUCUCAAAAACACGGGAGACUGUACACGGCUUGUGCAACGAUUUCACCCCAGAUAGGGAUGAGCGCGUAAUGGCGUAUGAACAUUGCAACCCGGUGAAGAUGGUCUAUGCGUUUAGGUAGCCCAUGUUAAGGGAUUUAGUCCUACUACAAAUCAUAACCUCUAUGGCAUUGCGGUCCCAAAGACCAGGCGGCAAACCAGGAGCUAAAAGGCUGCGGUAACUGUUCCCCAGAAAUGGAACGACCUCUCCUACCCCGUAGGGCAGCUUACAGCGAAUCAAGCCAUCGGUCAUCUGAGCAGCUGUUUAUUCAAGGCGGGGCUAGUAUUUAUGCGGAAAAUGUUAUUCGUCCAGGAGGGUCACUAUCCCAUUUACCUUGCACGAGGGUGAUGGGUAGCCUGCAUCUAGGACUGUCGACGUUGAAUGUGAUUCUGGUCUCGUUUGUUUAUUCGCAUGGCCCAUACCCGCCCCGGAACCGCACCAAUCGGUCGCACGUGAAUGCUCGGGCGUGUGGGGUUUGGCCCUAAGGAUUGUGAGCGCCUGCUAUGCCAUGAUCUAGCAAACCAUGGCCCUCGCAACCUGCUGUGCGCUGGCAGUUCUCUGGCAUCUGAUUCCCUGUCGGCAGAUGCGCUUACGCGCCAACCGGAUAUACAGGUUAUGUGCAUGGUUUCCCAGUCAUCCUAGUCUUUCUGACCCGUUUAUUGUGUUGUUGGUCAAAAUCCUGGGCAAGCGUUUGUUUUGGACUAGGGGAUGUGGUGGUGCUCCUAGGCGCGAGUCCGACCGCGCCAGUCACCUGCGCCCUCUCUCGUCUCCGGUCUUCAUGGCUGUCUUGACAUCGGACCCAUGUAGGGGGGCAGGAGGGAGUGCGGUUGAUGCUGUACAAGUCCACCCUUACUAUAAACUAAUUCACGCGCAGAUCACCUUGCCUGCUCUUACCUCGCUGUGUACAUCGUCGGCAGUGACGGUUGAACUGUCGUCUGCAAGCGCCAGCAGGGCUGAGGCGGGCUGUGCGACGACGGGCGCUUUACGAGAGGGGAGAGAAAAGACGGUAGUCGUAGUCGCUGCAGCUUUGGCACUAGCCGGCGGUGUGACAUUCGCAGGCUGGCCCCAAUCGACCUGCGACCCGUCUGAUCACGUGGUUAGUCGAGUAUGAGUAAUCGACAGCUGGCGGAAAAUACAGGUUGCCAAAAAUGGGACGCGAGGGACUCAGAAGCCCCAAUCAAUGGUUUUUAAUUAGUGGACGACGUAAAAUCGUCAAUAGGCCAGUGCUAAAUGGCAAGAAGACGGACAUACCUAAAAGAGAGGACCGCCUUGACUCGAGGAAACUGGGGGGAGGCCGCCUUAAAGUCAAAAAGCCUUGUCCCAGUGUGCCCUGAUUGGUCGGGAUGCGCUGUCUUUCAGUUAAACAGGGAAAAGCGGGUUCAUGAUAUCAGUUAAAUGCAGUCGGCACUUUCCAAGGUGGUCUCUGAUUCCCGCUGUUCGUAUAGUGUUUUGUAAGACCGUCAUAGCUGUAUACUGACGAGCAUUUUAUUAAUAUUUUCCAGAUUUCCCAGAAUAUUUCCAGUUCAAACAAAGGAAGCCACCGUUGCACGCAUUAUCAAGGCCAUACGCGAGAGGGAGUAUAUCGUCUACAUACCCUGGUCCAUGACACUGUUUCCGAUAAUCAAACAGUGAGCAUUUGUUUUUUUUUACCGUAUACUCCAUAUGCUGAUACACCUGAAGCAUUGGCUGAAGGCCUUAAAAAUACUGUAAAGUAGAGAGUGCUUCGGUGAAAUUCCAGUGGUUAUGCAAGUGAGAUACUGCCGCCUUUUAAUUCACGACCAUCGCAUGUCGACUUCCAGUUCCGAAUGUUUCAGUUCACAUUGCAGACCUCACUAACUACUAUAUAAUAUUUUUCCCACCUUCGAUGCUAUCGCAAAAUAAUUUUUUUCCUGGGAACAGGCUCUCGAAGUUGAAUUUGUCCCAUAAAUGAAAGCGCAUCUAAAGCUCUUCUUUUGUGUUUUAUGAAUUUCAGCAAUUGCCAGUAAGAAUGCGUCUCUUGUGGCAGAUAGAUGUUAUCUAUCAAUUAGCAUUCACAAGGGGACCGUCUUCUGCAUUCAUUCUCUUUUUCCUGAAUUGGUAGGAUUUGGAAACGCCAACUGAACUGAUAUGUGCUGGAAUUCGAUUGUUCUGCAGGUGGGGAGGCUAAAAUUAGCGACCAUGGACAGUCCAUAAAGGCACCAAAAUCCCUAGUAUUCGUGUAUUGGCGCUAUCCACCCCCCCGACUACCACCAUGCCACUCACUGUCAACCGAUCUCUAGGGUGAGUGGCGUCGUAGUGUCAGGCCGAAAUGGGAAUCAAACACGUGUAUGAAGCUCGAGAGAUGGCAUCUUUGCACCACCUCAGUCAUUACCUCAAUUUGGUGUCCAUUAGACACGGCUUAUUCUAGCCUCUGAUAGAUAUUGACGGGGAAAAGGUCGAUACUGAUUUUGCACAAGCCCCCCCCCCCUCCCCCCACCUUUAUAAAAGCAUUGACGCUUUGACUCUGACGUGGCCUUGGAGGUUUUCGACCGCCAAGCUUGGCCUUCCCUAGAGACUGAGGAUCGGAAUGUUCCUUAGGAAUAUGGCCUAAUGGAAACUUGCUGCUGGGAUCCGAGCUGAAGUCCGUUUCGUGUUCGCAUAGGGAUCAGCAUGUGCGUAGCAUGUGCGAACAAGGGCCUUCUAUUGGGUCGGCCAACGCGCCCAAGCCCAUAUUAAUUUGUCCUGCCUUCGUCAUGCCAGUAGAACCGGACAGGUAGUGAAAUGUGUAUAUGUGAACUGGUACAGUAUAGGCCCCUUGGACUACAACCCAAAUCACACGCAUGUCGUCGCUGCCUCCUUAAAGUAUUGAUGACCCUGUUCAGGUUUUAAGAACUGUCGAAUUAUAUCGGAAUAGGCAACUAAUUAUUUCUCAAUGCAACUAAUUAAUCCCACCUGUCCUGUCGCUCUCUUAACUUCGUUUACUUUAGUUCAGUCGACAUCCCAUUGCACCUAGGUAUUUAAGGCGACUUCUGCAAAAUAUUAUUUUCUCACGAAUGAAGGUGAAAGUUCGAGUUCCAGGUGUAGGCAUAAGUGAAGAAGGAAAGUGCUCGAGCACCGGAACACUUUGUUUAUUGUUUUGAGCUUCCGAACUCGUGCAGGAGUCCGUCUUCAGAGAUAGUAGCAGCAGUAGCAGAACAACCGACAGUUAUAGGGCGUGUUAACCAAUCAUCGAUCGACGCACCAGUUCGAAAGCUCAGAACAAUAGGCAGAAUGUUCCGGUGCUCGACCACAUUUCUUCUUUAUUUGUAUUAUUUUCUAUUUUGCAAUUUUUAAGGCAUCGGUUACUCACAUACCUCAAUACGUUUCGUCCCUAGCCUUUUUCCAGAUCGAAUAGUCCGAUUUAUCUACGAUUCUUCUGGAGCCACUACGGCAAUGGACAACUUUACUGGGCGGAAUACAAAAACUUUGUAG